CUGCUGUGUGUGUGAGUUCGGUGACAUCAACAAGACACGCAGAUCCGUGUUCUCUGGGGGGGACUGACAUUAACUCACACAUAAUCAAGACCCUUGGGACAUCGCACAGCUCUUUUAGACAGCAGAGGGGAAGAGCGUCGCUGCUGCUCAGGGAUCUGGUGUAUAUUUACAGCAGUUUUCCAGCAGGUGUUACUGAAGGAUCUAUCACAGACUAUCAGCAGGGUUCAUGAAACUUUGCUACGAUUUGCGAGCUCGGGCUGCCAUACAUAAUGUUAAGGUAAAGCCUAAAGCAGCUGUGUUGAACAUGCUAAAGCGGCUGGACAAAAUAAGAUUCCGUGGUCCAAAGCGAGAUGACUUCCUGGAUCUACCCGAGUCCCCCACGGGAUCGGACACUGAAUGUAGUGAUGACAUACUGCUGAGACCUCGACCUUCAAUACGAGACAGUGACGAGCAGAGAGACCCUGCUGGUUUCGGGACUUUGUCUGUCAUGCAAGACCUGAGGAGCGAAUCGGAACGUCUCAAUGAGGUCAAGGGUCAUUUGGAAAUUGCCUUACUGGAGAAACACUUCCUACAGGAGGAACUGCGGAAGCUACGAGAAGAAACCAAUGUGGAGACCCUUAAGCAGGAGUUGGAAAGAGAACGCAGCAGAAGACUUGACCUGGAACAGAAGAUGAGUGAUGUGCUGAAGACCAGGUGUGAAGAUUCUCCACCUCAGCCUCCACGGAAGCAGCAGCCUCCUGCAGCUAACGGCACAGACAAACAGCAGAAAGAGACGGUGUGUUCGCGGCUGCAAAGCUGGCUGUAUGAUCGGUUCGGGGUUUAUAUAGAGGAUUUUCGCUUCCAGCCUGAGGAGAACACGGUUGAGGCUGAGGAGCCACUAAGUGCUAAAAGAUUAACAGAAAAUAUGCGACGACUUAAAUGGAGUGCCAGACCGGUGACAAAUUUCUUACGGAAUCUUUCCGCCUUAUCCAACUGGCACUCAGUAUAUACAUCAGCGAUUGCCUUCAUUAUUUAUAUGAAUGCAGCAUGGCAUGGCUGGGCUAUUCCUUUGUUUCUAUUCUUAGCCAUUCUGAGGUUGUCAUUGAACUACCUCAUAGCCAGAGGAUGGAAAAUUCAGUGGAGUAUUGUGCCUGAAGUUUCUGAACCUGUGGAACCUUCAAAGGAAGAUCUAACUGUGUCUGAAAAGUUUCAGUUGGUUCUCGAUGUUGCACAAAAAGCACAGAAUCUUUUUGGUAAGAUGGCAGAUGUUUUGGAGAAAAUCAAAAAUUUGUUUAUGUGGGUUCAGCCUGAGAUCACUCAGAAACUGUACAUCGCUCUGUGGGUGGCCUUCAUCUCCUCUUGCGUCCUUCCCUACAAGCUGAUGGGUUUCAUGAUCGGGCUUUACGCGGGCAUCAAGUUCUUUAUUAUAGAUUUCCUGUUUAAGAGCUGCCCAAAACUCCGAGACAAAUACGACACUCCGUAUAUCAUGUGGAACAGCCUGCCCACCGACCCUCAGCUGAAAGAACGCAGCAAUGCCACUGUGUCACGACGGCUGUCUGGGUGUGAGAAGAUCCAGCCUGUGGUAUCACGGAGUAGUUUAGCUACCAUCCCGGCCGGAGUGACCCGAGAGGAAGAGAGUGGCCGUUCCCACAGCACAAAGAAAGGAGCAUUCCAUGAGAUCUUCAACCUACCUGAGAAUGAAAGACCUCUGCCCGUAUGUGAGAAUGGUUGGAGAUGCUGUCUGAUAAACAGAGAUAGGAAAAUUCCAACUGACUACAUUCGCAAUGGGAUGCUCUAUGUCACUGAGAACUACCUGUGUUUUGAGAGCUCCAGCUCAAGAUCAGGGUCUUCAAAGAAGAACAAAGUCAUCAAACUGGUGGACAUCACAGACAUCCAGAAGUACAAAGUUUUAUCAGUUCUGCCUGGGUCUGGAAUGGGCAUUUCUAUUGCCACUCCGUCAACACAGAAGCCACUGGUCUUUGGUGCCAUGAUACACAGAGACGAGGCCUUUGAGACAAUUUUUACCCAGUACAUGAAGAUCAUGACCACAGCCAACCCUGAGACGUAACUCACCCUUUAUCCUUCUGGAGGUUAUCUCAUUUGGAGACCAGUGUUUCCUGUCUAAUGAACUUUAAAUGACUGUAAUUUGUACGAUUGUGGGCAUCUGAUAUGAAAAGCAGGAGAUUCGGUGAGCUGACAUUCCAGCGAGGGUUUCUGCAUCUCAAAGCAGAGACUUUUCCAACCUGAGGGAUGCGGGUCAUGUGUCUGACCUUUUUGGCUUUUUAAAGAAACUAAUCGGUGUACAGAUUUGUGUUUUGUACUCGUCUCUCAGUGAUUCAGAUUUCAUCUCUGGUUUUAUCCAGGAAGAUGUUACAGGAAGGUUUUGUUAAGGAAGCCAAUCACACAGUACGGUCUUUAACAUUUUAGACACUGCAUAAAAAAAGUCUUAAUCAGUAUUUUUGUUUAAAAGACAAUUUACCACAAUUUGUUAGGUAAAACAAAUCAAAAGCUUAAUUUAAGAUAUGUUUCUCUGAAACAAAGUAAUUUCCUUCUCAAUUAAAUUUGUCUAAUUUUGGAAAAUAAGACAAAAAUACUGAUUAAUAUGAAAUGUAAUUUUGCAGUAAUUGCAUUAUAAGGCGUGUUCACACUUAUAGUGUUUUGCAGCAACAAAUUGACAGGAAGUGAAUCAUUUUUAAUCAGAUUUUGAGCAAUUUGAGGCAACAUAAAGUUAUAGUUCAUGUCUCGUGCACUGUAUUCCUUCGCAGCUCUUACAUUUAAUUUGUACUAGUAGUCAGCUGGGGAAAAAAUCCCCCACAAAAAACCUACUUUUCUUUUUUUAUUAUUUUUAUGCAGGUCAGUUAUAAAGUUAAACUUUGUGCACUUUGUCAUUUUGCAGCGGUCACUGUUCGAGUUGCCAGAAAUCGAAAACUUUCAGUGAAAAUGAAUGUAAAUGAACUUUGUCACUGCAAAUCACUAUCAGUGCAAAUGACCUUUAAGACUGAUAAACAAAGCCUUUUUUUAACGUGUUUACAUUGUUGCUGUGUGCGCAAAACACACUUAAAACUCACUUAAAUCUCACCUCUCAGCGAAGUGUGCUUCAUGUGUUUUUUUAGCAGAAUAUCUUCCCAAAUUGAACUUUGGGAAAGUGUCGUUUCAAAUGAUUUAAAAUGCCUUUCUUCUAAAUUGUACUGUCAUAAUGCCGUAGCAGUCAGCAGAUUAAUUUCUCAUCUAUUGAUUUGCUUAUCUUUGAUUACGCUAAUUAGAAAUGAAAGGUGUCAAACUCAGAAACUCACAUUUGGUUGCACUUUAUUUUGCAGUAGUAUACUUAUACUUGUGUACUUACACAAGAAAGUACUGAAUAAUAUAAGGUAACUACUUGGACUUAAUAUGGGUUACAUUUAGGUUUAGGGUUAGUACCUAGUUACUUAUAGUAAGGACAUAGUACAUACAUGCACAUUAGAACUGUCAAAUAAAGUGCUACUGAACAUUUUUACCAAGUAUUUCAUGUAUGUAUGUCUUACAGACGAACAGCAGUUACUUGUUAAUGUUUUGUCACGUUAAACUGUUACUAAAUGAAGUUAAAUUCAGUACAGAAAGUCUUCAUUCACGCAUUCACAAAGCGACUCUAAACUCAUCUUGACGACAAUCUUUACGCUAUUUAGAGCAAUCUUUGGUUGAAUCUCACUGAGAAAUAUCCAGAUCAUAUUUGAUCACAAAAUCAAAAGAAUGCAUAUUUACGACAAUGAAAAAAAAAAAAAAAAUGUUUGACCUUCAGUCAUAAAUUAUUUCAGAACAGCUAUGUAUAAACUAUUGAAAAACAUCCUUUGGCACAAAGCAGCAGCACAUCUUAGAUGUAGUGGUAAAAACAAUCCAGUGGCCAAUAGCCUGCAAUGUUGCGAUUUACCAUUAGUUCCAUCUUGGAAUAUAAGAGAAAUCUAAAUGAAGGAAUUGUACAUUAUUUAUAGUGGGCCACACUUUUUGUUUGUCUACCCUAAACGGAAGAGCUUUGCACAGAUACACUAUAACAUUAAGAGUUAAUUUAAAUGUUUAAAAAAGUAACGUUCAGGGCCACAGUUGUAUCUAAGACAUUCCAAAGAUCACCAUUUUAUGAGAAAAUACUGUUCAUACUUUGUCUUCUCAUACAUCUUUUAGUUUACUCACAGACAAGAGGGACUGUUGAAUGUUGCUCAGCUCCCAAAGAUGAAUCAGUGUAUUUUACCAAAGGCCCUUUAGAGCUUUUGGAAGUCUCCCACACGCUGGCUGAUGUUUUGGAUUGCACUAAUGAAGCACAGAAGGAAUCGGGAAACUAAUAGUUUUGCCAAAUGUCGUUUCUUUAACUGCUCUUCUUUAGUGUUGUCUGUCUCAAAUUGAUGUUUACACAGGCUGGGUGUAAAUCCAGUCCAGACCAGUUUGAUCCCUGCUAAACAGCCCAGCCUAGGGGUGUGAAAACUGGAAUAAUAUCUUUUUUUCUUCUUCUUCUUUUUUUUUUUUCUCCAUCUCCUUAUGGUUUGGGAUACAAAUGCUUUUAGAAAAUGUGUCAGCUCUAAGAAAUUAAUUACAUUUAAAUGAAUACAAUACAUGAGUGAACAUGCAUAGGUCAUAUUUCAUUCAAAUGAGAAAGAAAGAAAAAAUAGAAAUUAUAUUUUGCAGAUUUCCUGAAAUUCUUUGUUCAAAAAAACUCAACUGUUGUCCAGUAAAGAUUUUGAAGUACUGUAUUUAUACAUCAUGGUUAUAUUGUACUGCCUUAAAUUG